UAAUGUUACGAUCCAUUUAAUAAGGAUUCUCAAACUUGGCUAAAGCAAAUCCUCUUAAAAAUGGAUUUAGGUUUGAGAAUUAAAAUCUCACUUGGACAUUUGGAGAAUUUGAAGUAAUGGUUAAUUGUAUUCUGAGACCCAUUCAAGUGCUUUUGCAUAUGGAUUGAUUGAAUAAGGCUGGAAACAAGGAGAUAAAAUAUUGUUUUUAUUGGGUCGAUCAAAUACUAGUGAAGCAGCUGCUGCUUUUGUGGGAGCUGCUAAAGCUGGAGUAACUGUAAUACCAUUUAGAUCUAAUAAUCAAAAUGAGAUUGAAAAUACAAUUGGAGUUAUUAAUCCUAAAGGGAUUGUAUUUUCUCCAAACUAAUUGAUAGGAGAAACUAAAUUUAUUGAAGUGCUUAAAAAUUUAGUGCCAGAGACUUCAUAAAGUAAUUAAUUUAAUUUAUUUAUUUUUUAAGCUUAAUCUGGUUAGAUUCUGAAAAGUAGUAAAUUUAGCAAUCUAAAAUGGUUAAUCCAUACUGGAUUUUAUUCUUAUCCUGGCACUUAUAAAUUUAGAGUAUAAAAAUAAUAAAUAUUUAGGAAUCUCUAGUUUAUGCAUCAAGAAAUUUUAAUAGACUUUCUCUUCCAUCAAAUACAGGUCCAAUUACAGCUGUCUUAAAGAAUGGAUAAUUAUAGAAUUAUUCUUAUUAAGAUUUGGUAAAAUUGAGUGAAAAGGUCUCUGGAUCACAACAUGUAAUCAUAUCAGGAGAUCCUUAAACUGUUACAAACUUUUCUAUAGGUAUAUUUAAUAGAGUUAUGGAAAUAGUUAUUGGAGGAUUGGAGAGAGGAUAUAAUACAGUUUUUACAGGUGGUGAUAAUUUAAAUAAAGUAUAAAAGAUUCUUUAGUAUUAUGGAAAUUACAGUCUUGUUGUUGAUGAUUCGGUGUUAGGAGAACAUUAAGUUAAAAUUUGUUAUAUUUUUAUUAUAGAAAUUAGAUGUUAGCAAUCUAUAAAAUUUGUUCACUACAGGUGAUGUCAACAAGGCUUAAGACAUAUUCUAAAAACAAGCCAUUUAAUUAUGAAA